AUGGCAUCAAGAACCAAAAGUAUUCUUUGGAAUUUUUACGAAAAAUUCAAUGAUGGUGGCAUAUGCAAGCUAUGUAAAUGUUCGGUUAAAACAAGUGGGAAUACUACUAAUUUAAAAAACCACUUAAAACGUAAACAUCCCUCUAUUAAUUUUGAUGCCACCAUACCUAAAGUUCAAAGAAAUUCACUGCCUACAACAGGUGACGAUAAUGAAGAUGAUCCUAAUAUAGUAUUACCAGAGGCUCAUUAUGCUGAUUUGGCAAAUGAAAUUGUCAGUAAAGCUAACAAUAUGCAGACAACAUUGAUUAAUGUUUCUCGAUCGUCCAGCAGUAGCAGUUCAUCUUCAUCUUCGUUGGGUUCUGCAGCUUCUGCUUAUAGUCUGAACACUCAAAACAGACAAAAACUAAAGCAGCCGAACAUUUUUGAGUCGAUUUCUGAUAUAAGAUCAUAUGAACAAGGAGGUUCCAAAACCAUAGCUAUCACUGAUGCCUUGAUUUAUAUGUUGGCAAAAGACAACUUGCCAUUGUCAACUACCGAGAAACCAGGGUUUGUCCAUUUCAUGCGAAAAGCCGCACCAAUGUACAAAGUUCCGUCCAGAAAAAUUGUUACCAAAUUAGUUCAAAAAAGUAUUACAAUUGGAGUCUUAGAACUUGCAGAUAACCAUACUUCUGAUCACAUUAGUGAAUGGUUUGAAAAACAAUUGAAUGAAUGGGGGAUUCAAAAAGAUAUAGUUGUCAAUGUUGUUACUGAUAGUGGGGCAAAUAUAAAGUCCGCUGUCAAAAAAACAUUUAACACAUCUGGUGUUGAUAAACAUUUGCCAUGUUUUGCCCACACUUUGAACCUUGUUACUCAGAGAUCUUUAAAUGAUCUUGAAGAUGUGCAAGACAUAAUUUCUAAAAUAAAAGGUAUUGUGACAUUUUUCAAACAUUCGGUAAAUGCAAGCGAUGAACUUAGAAAAUUAUGUGAUUAUAAAUUGAAGCAAUCAGUACCAACUAGAUGGAAUUCGGUAUAUUAUAUGAUAGAUAGAUUUGUAUUAUGUUCUACCCAUAUUGCAUCUGUGUUAAUAAAUAGUCGUCAAGGCCCUUCAAUGUUAUCGGCAAUGGAGAUAGAUAUUUCCAAGGAAAUUAAUUGUAUGCUUAAGCCUUUUGAAGUGGCCACUAAAGAGCUGUGUGGUGAACGUUAUAUAACUGGAAGUAAAGUAAUCCCGCUAAUUCAUUGUCUUAUAAAAAAAUGCGAACAAGUAAAUUUAGUUAACCCAAUUGCUUUACAAUUGAAGUCUGCUUUGUUGGAAAAUUUAAGCCGACGGUUUGGUAGGAUGGAGGAGAUCCCAAUGCUUUCAAUUGCCACAAUUCUAGACCCUAGGUUUAAGACACUCCAUUCAAAUAACGCCUUAGCGGCUUCUCAAGCGAUCCGUACGAUACGUCUGAAAAUUUUAGAUUUAAAAAUCAAUUCUAGUAGUUCUAAAGAAUCUAGUGAUGAUGACACUGAUAUGUCUGAUAGUUUGUGGUCAUUUCAUAACGAAUUGGUCACAAAGAAAGCCUCAGAAAAUUCUGAAGAUAGUAGUGAACGAAUGCCAACAGAAUUAAAACAUUAUAUAAGCCAACCAACUAUACCCUUACACGAAAAUGUUUUUAAGUUUUGGAAUGUACAUAAAACUAUUUAUCCUCACAUAUCAAAAAUUGCUGAGCCUUAUUUAUCGAUCGUGGCCACAUCUGUCCCAUCCGAAAGACUUUUUUCUAAAGCUGGUAAUAUAAUGACAAACAAAAGAAAUAGACUGAAGGGGGAAAAACUACAACAUUUGCUAUUUCUAGGAUCUCUCGAUUUGGUAGAUUGGCACAUUGAUUAA